AGCACCAAUCGAGUCCCUCCACUCUUGAUCCGUCGGCUAUGGGCCUGUGGCUGCUGCGUAACACAGUGGCAUCGCAGGGUCAGCAGAUCAUUAGAAAACGACGUCUCGCCGUUCUUCGUCUUCAGAUCUAGGGUUCUCUCGUGCUCUGUUCUCAUCUUCUGCUCGCUGGUGUCCCCUCUCUCUCACCCAUGGCUUCGGCGGCGGCGGCAACUCAGGUGGGGACUUACUUCCUGCGGAACUACUACAACCUGCUGCAACAAACCCCCGAUGUCGUCCACCAGUUCUACAGCGAAGCCAGCACCAUGGUCCGCGUCGACGACCUCACCGGCAACAAUACUGCAACAAGGAGCUGUCGUUCAGCCAUUGCCAAGCCGAGAGCAGAAGCAGAAGAGAAACUGAGAAGAACCCAGCUUAGAUCAGACUGAAGAACUAGAUGCGGUGGACGCCUUCAAGACCUGCUGACAUGAGGGCUGCUAGUCAGAGCUGCUGUUUUUGGCCUGUUCUUUGACAUGAGGGUACCCAAAAACUCUAGUUGCUCGUGGGUGUCAACUUUUUAUUAUAUGUUGUUAUGUUUGUGCAAAAUCAACUGAAAUGUGAAGUCAAGUGGUGAUGCUGUGAACUGAGUUUAGUGUUGUCCACUUAGUUUGUAUGAUCACUGGAAUACUAGUUGUAUUCAUCUACGGAAUAUGGAAUUGUGUGCUCAUUCCUCUGUUCUAGUAUCUUUUGCAAUUUUCAAUAAAAUUAUUCUCUGCA